ACCACACUGCCAGAGCUAGCCAGUGCACACGUCGAGCAAUAUGGCUACGAAAAACUCUGCUGUCUUCCUCCUCGGGCUUCUCUCUUGCGUUGCCAUGAGCAGCGCGGCGAGAAUUCUAGAAGAGACCAUUUCUAAGGAGGAGCACCAGCCCGAGGUGCCAUCGCUUCCCAAAGUAGAACUGCCACCGUUCCCGGAAGUGCAUCUGCCACCUAAGCCUGAGCUUCCCAAGGUGGAGCUGCCGCCGCUCCCGGAGGUGCACUUGCCAUCUAAGCCUGAGUUGCCCAAGGUGGAGCUGCCACUUAAGCCGGAGCUGCCCAAGGUGGAGCUGCCAACGUUCCCGGAGGUUCACCUGCCACCCAAGCCGAAGCUGCCCAAGAUGGAGCUGUCAACGUUCCCAGAGGUUCACCUGCCACCCAAGCCGGAGAUGCCCACUGUUCCCGGGUUCCACCUCCCGGAGCCGGAGGCCAAGCCAUGAGAACUGCCUUAUCAAUAUUGUUGCCUUGUUGUACCUCCUCUGCUCCUCGUACAUGUACCUAUUUGUCGCGUCGUGUCCAUGAUCUGAUUGUUUAGUUGUGGUUUUCAGCGAGUGUUGUGAGUGAUCUGCUCAUAUGUUGGUAUAUAUGAGAAAUUUAUAUUUUGUUCUCACAA